AUGUUGAAGCUUCUUGUUUAUUCGCUGUGUUUGGCGUUGGCAGCAGCUCAAUGGUUCGGUGGCCCACCACCACCCCCAUAUCCUCCGCCGUAUCCACCGCCGUACUAUGGUAAUCGAGGAUUCGGGAAUUGUAAGUGUUUUGGCAAUUUGAAAGCGAUUUUUUGAGGAAAAGUCGAAAUUUUUCGUAAAAAUAGAGAUUUUGAAGUCGAAAGAAUUUGAAUUUGGGAUGAAUAUUGGCUGGAGCAGUCGUUAAAACAUGGAAAACUUAAAUUUUCAGGGAAAAAUUUGCAUUAUUCAGUAAAAUUUUGAUAAAAAAUCAUGUUUUUCGAAUACUUUGGGCAAAAUUGGGAUAUCUAAAAACUUCUUGGCCUCAAUUUUUUGUCCUUGCGGCCUACGAGGCCUUCAAUUUGCAUACUUAAAUACGUUGGGCAAAAAUUUUUGCAUAUUUAAAGGAACUUGGCCAAAAUUUUGCAUAUUUAAACAUUUCCCAAAAUUUUUUGAUUUUCAGCGUUUGGAAAUGGCAUGGGCGGAGGAAUGGGCGGCCAAGGAGGCCUCGGAGGCAUUGGCCAACUAAUCCAAGGACUGGAACGACUUGAGGGAAUCGGCGGAGGCGGCGGCGGAGGCGGUGGCGGAGGCCGUGGAGGUGGUGGUGGGGGCCAUGGCGGUGGAGGCGGAGGCCAUGGCGAUGGCGGAGGGGGACAUGGAGGUGGAGGAGGGCCAGGGGGCGGUGGAGGAGGCCAUGGAGGCGGUGGAGGCCAUGGCGGCGGUGAACAUCACGGCGGACACGGCUAA